UGUCUGCCAGGAAAGCACAGUUACAAGAGGUGUUGGUUUCUCACAGGCUCUCACAACUUCUGAAGAGCACCAUCAGCUACUUCUCAUCCAGGGGUGCUCUGAGCUUUGGAUACCAGCUGGCUACUGAUCAGGGAGGAUCAGCAGCUCCUGCAGCAGGUGGUAGGGUGGAGCCCAUAUAAGUGCUGAGAUGCCACUGAUGCAAGACUGUAAGCUCCCAGCUAUGCUGCUGGAGGGGCAGGUGGAGUCUGGGAAGUGGGGACUCCUAAGGGUGGUGGAGGCUUGUGAUUUCUUAUGAUUUCUGAUGCCAGGAGGAUAGCUCCUACAGAAAAGAUUCCAGUAACAAAGGACUCCUGCAGCUGGAGGAAAGCAGAACUGAAGUGGGUAGUACUGGAUAGGAAUUACAUCUACAGUCAGAAGCGGCAGCAUUUCAAAACACUGCCAUAGAAAAGGCGAAGAUCAGGAGAUUAACAACGAUUAACAAAUAGCUGUUGAAGUAACUGCAAAGGAUGAUGAAGGCCACCCUCACCACCUUGGUGGUUGCUGUGUUUUACCCUGCUGUUCACAACGUGGUCCAGCCUGACCACCGUGAUGAUGAGCCCCAGGCAACUCACCUCCAGGAGCAGCAUUCCCAUGAGGGAGAUCCUCUUGGGUUCUGCCAACGGAUAGUCCCCAGCAACACGGACUUUGCCUUCAGGUUUUACAGGCAAGCGUCUGCCCAGGCACCUGGCAAGAACAUUUUCUUCUCCCCAGUCAGUGUGUCUGCUGCCUUUGCCCUGCUGGCCCUGGGCUCCAGAGCUGCAAGCCGGGUUCAGGUGCUGGAGGGGCUGGCCUUUAAUCUCACCAGCACACGGGAGGAGGAGAUACAUGAUGGCUUUCGUCAUCUCCUCUUCUUACUGAACCGUCCUGGCAGCCAGGUGCAGCUGAGCAUGGGGAACACCCUGUUCAUGGAUGAACACUUGAAGCCACUAAAAACAUUUCUGAAGGACAUCCAAAAAACGUACAAGGGAAAAAUUAUUUCUAGUAACUUCCAGAAUUCAACUGAAGCUAAAAAAGUGAUUAAUGAUCACAUAAAGAACCAAACCCAUGGAAAGAUAAAUCAAAUACUUACAGACCUUGAUCCAAACUCUCUAAUGGUACUUGUUAACUAUAUUUAUUUCAAAGCCUAUUGGGAAAAUCCUUUCAAUGUGAAGGGGACUCGUAAGGAUUAUUUCUAUGUGAAUGCAAAAACCUCAGUUGAAGUGAAGAUGAUGACUCGAGAUAGCUUUUAUAAAACAUACUCUGACAAGACACUGUCUUGCAAGGUGGUGCAGAUUCCUUACAAGGGAGAUGUUGCAGCGUUGUUUGUCCUGCCCAAUGAAGGAAAAAUGAAAUGGUUGGAGAAUGCCUUGACAAAAGAAACUGUGUCUAAAUGGGAAAAACUACUUGAAAGACGGAGGAUAGAAGUGUACAUUCCAAAGCUAUCUAUUUCUGGCACCCAUGACUUAAAGAAAAUAUUCAUGAAUCUGGGUGUAACAGAUGUGUUUUCUGACUGGGCUGAUCUGUCUGGAAUCACAGGAAAGCCUGAUCUGAAGGUUUCAAGAGCUACGCACAAGUCCCUGCUGACUAUUCAUGAAAAUGGCACAGAGGCUGCAGCAGUCACUGGCACAGACUUGGCUCCUCAUUCUGUUCCUCCUGUUGUAAAAUUUAAUCGUCCAUUUUUGUUGUUGAUUGUUGAUCAAUAUACUCAAAGCAUCCUCUUCAUAGGAAAAAUUGUAAACCCGAAUGAAAAAUGACUGGUCCAUGGCAUGUCUCAUUGAUUUCAAUUGCAUUCUUGAUGCAUUUGUAGUCUGUAAUUAAAACCAUAUCAAAGCCCUUACUAAUAUUUUCUUUUUCCAAAAAAUGAUUGAGGCAAGAAUGUGGUCAGUCUUAAAAUUGCAGUUCUUACUCCCUUUUCCAGUAGAAAGUAACUACCAAGAUAUACUUAUUAGUGAAUUAUGAAGUGUAUAUACUAGCCUUCUAAUGGCCAAUAUAUGCUAUCUUUGAAAAACAACGUAAGUAUCCAUCUGAGAGAAAUAGUUUAAAUCCUGUUCCGUAAAUAAUGAAUGAACAAACAGGCUCCUCCUGAG